AUGCCAUAUACUGCAGCAAACAGUCACCCGAAUACAUUCCGUGAAUCCAACAGUCACGGGUGCUACAGUUUACGGUCCGAAAUUUCUGAAAGGAAAUUCGAGACUUUUUGUGAUAGCGAAUCUUCCUACUCUAUGGCAAACAGUCAUGGAGCCUAUAAGAUCUCGGAUAGGACUCUUGUAGACGGUGAAAAUCGAUCGUGCGAACGACUUGUUCCGCCAGAAGCGGAAACGAACUAUGAGAUCGCAAAUAGUCAUAGCAAUUAUAGAAUCUUCUACAAUAGUCAAACUCGAUAUGACAGAGAUAUUAUUACCACGAAGGAUAAUUUUAUAAAUAUCUCUCGAUCGGAAAACGAUAAUGGAUUUCAAAGUACGGUUGGUUCGGACUUCAAAAGUACCGUCACUAGUUUCACUAGAAGUAACUCUAGCCACAGUUCUAAAAGUACCGAGGAAUCCAUCACCACUUGUGACAUCGAAGAGUGCCUUAUACAGAUCGAGGAGAGUCUUUUAAAUAUCGAACAGAAUCUUCUUCAUGUUCAGGAUUUAAACAUACCAGAAAUUAAAAAAUUACUACAUACAAAACCAAGUAUCGAACGGAGCCUUUCUGGAGUUCAUGACUUAAUUUACACGGACAAUAUUGGAUCGGCUAAGAGGCACGAUGCGCUUUCUUUGGCAUCGGAAGAUGGCACCGGAAACAUGGUCGAUGCAACGUCAAAAAGAGAUUUGCAAAGCCCUGAUCGUAACGCUUUCGCAAACAACGAUAACUUCUUUGAAUUUAUGAACGAUCGAUCCGUCGGUGACCUAGUUGACGUCUCUUCGAGUGUACCCGAUGUUUUAAAUUCGAUCAUUCGCGAAGGUACCGACAAAAGCGUCAACUUUAUACCAAAUAGUCUUGGAAAAACUCCACUUAGAAGUACCAUCGAUGGAACCAAAGACAAUAUAAGAGUAGGUUUUCUCAAUUGUACCGAUUCAAGAAACGUGUGCGACGAAAAUCGAAGAAUUGACUCAAUGAAUUAUAAUUUUAAUCAUUGUUUAGAAGCCAAAAAACUAUUGAAUCAGAAGAAAUGUCACAAUAGGUGUAAUUCACUUGAUAAAAAUUCUAUCUUCCAAAAUUCUGAUUCGACGGAUCAACGUAUCGCGUCGCUAGAAAAUCUCUUUUCUGAAAGCAUCGAGAAUUUGUUGAGUGCUACAAGCAAGGCUAGAUCCGAAGAUACUUUAGAGCACUGUAACGACGAAAUAAGUUUAAACAAAAAUUCGAUGACCUCAGGACGAAAGGCUAAGGAAAACAGAUUAGCAAAAGUUGAAGCUAAAGCUGAUGAAUUUCGUAAAAAGAUUCGUAAUAUUAUAUCUAAUCGCCGAUCCGUUCUGCCUCAGACUUUAAAGAAAAUUACAAAGAAUAGUAAAGAUCUAUUGAAAAACCGAGAAAAUUCUCAGGACAGGUUGCCUAAUACAAAUAACGCCUCUACGGAAAGAUUGCAAGAUAUGAAAUAUGUCUCUCCUAAUAAUAAACCAUUAAGUAACGAGAAAAAGAAAAGGAAGAAAAUUAUAAACCGGACAUCCUCGUCUGAAAACGCUUUAGUGCCUAGUAAACUAAUUUCUCUUUCGUUAUCUUUAUUGCUAGCUGCCUUGUUACAAGCAGUGAGAUGUCUUACGGAUUUAGUGGAGGACGCUUUUAGAUCUGUUAAUUACGAUCGCUCUGGCUUACUAGAAUAA